AUGGUUCGGACAAGCGCUCUCUUGCUGGCAUCUGCGCCGGCGGCUCUGGCUCUCGUCUUGCCGGACGGUGUGGGCAAGCUGCCUGCUCUUGGGUGGAACUCGUGGAACGCCUUUGCCUGCGACAUCAACGAAGAAAAGUUUUUGACGGCUGCGAACAAAUUUGUAGAGCUUGGCUUCAAGGAUGCCGGCUACGAGUAUGUCAACAUCGAUGACUGUUGGUCUAUCAAAGAUCACCGCGACAAUGUUACUGGACGCAUAAUUCCUGACACUGCAAAGUUCCCUGAUGGUAUCAACGGAACUGCGGCAAAAAUACAUGAUCUCGGCCUGAAGAUUGGUAUCUACAGCAGCGCCGGGACCGAGACUUGUGCUGGCUAUCCCGCGAGUCUGGAGCACGAGGAGGUUGACGCGGCUGCUUGGGCUGAAUGGGGUAUUGACUACCUUAAGUAUGACAACUGCGGCGUCCCCGAGAGCUGGGUCGACGAAUGCAAGUUUUGCGUGCCUGACAGAACCAACGUCAAUGUCUACGUUAACGGAACUUGCACCAACACCACCGGCCUGUGCCCUGAAGGCUACGACUUCCACAAGUCCAAGACAGCGGAGCGGUACAAUCGGAUGCGGGACGCGCUGGCAGCGCAAGACCGCGUCAUCCAGUACAGCCUGUGCGUCUGGGGCCAGGCGGACGCGUCGGCCUGGGGCAACGAGACCGGAAACUCGUGGCGAAUGUCAGGCGACAUAACCGCGGACUGGGCUCGCAUCCUCGAGAUCCUCAACGAGAACUCGUUCCUACUCAACUCGGUCGACUUCUGGGGCCACAGCGACGCCGACAUGCUCGAGGUCGGCAACGGGAACCUCACGCUCGCAGAGUCGCGCUCGCAUUUCGCGCUGUGGGCGGCCAUGAAGUCGCCGCUGCUGAUCGGGACGGCACUGGACACGCUGGCGGCCGACUUUGUCGAUGUCCUGCUCAACAAGCAUCUGCUCGUGUUCCAUCAAGACGCAGUGUUUGGCGCGCCAGCCCAGCCCUACAAGUGGGGCACUAACCCCGACUGGACGUUUGACCAGUACCGCCCUGCCGAGUAUUGGGCUGGUGAUAGUGUUGAGGGCACGUUGGUGCUGCUGCUGAAUACCGAUAAUGCUACGGCGACCAAGGAAGCCAGUUGGGACGAGGUCCCCGGUUUACAGGCUGCUGGUGAGUAUGACGUUGUUGAUGUGUGGUCGGGAGAGGACUUGGGUUGUAAGAAGGACGGUGUUACGGUUGAUAUCGAGGCCCAUGAUACGGCUGUCUUCCUUGUCAAGGAGGGCUGCGGCUCUGAGAUAAAAAAGUGGGCGCGUCAGGCUAGGCCUGUGGAUGUCUGGAUGUUGUGA